UCAGAACUUGAAGGUGGGAGGGAUAUAGACUUAAAGCCAAAAUUGGAUUUAAACAAUAAAAAGAAAUAAUGGAACCAAAUCAAGUAAGAGCUCUCCACAACUGCCAUCGUGACCUCUUACGUGACCUUGAGGUUGAUAGGUCAUUCCUCCUGUCCUUGUACAUUGACAAUAUCAUCACAGAAGAACAGAAAAAUGAAAUCAUGGAAGAAAAAUCACGAAGAGGAAAAUGUGCAAAACUUUUGGAAAUUAUACCUCGACGAGGACCCCGCUGUUUUCCAAGCUUUGUGUCUAAAAUAAGGAAAGAUUACUCAUGGAUUGCUGAAAAACUUGACAAGGAACUCACAAAAGAACGCAAAAAUUUACCAAAAGACGUAAAUGAUAAAUUGACGGAAGUCAUUAACAACGAAGUAUGCCCAAUGGUUUAUGGUUGUGAAAGGAAUAUUAUAACUCCCUCCAAUAACCACCCUGGACAAACUGUGGGUAGAUUAUCGGAGAUGAUGACAGCACUGAAGUAUAGAAGUUUACGUGCCCUUGAAUUGUCCACCAAGGACAAACGCAUUGAAGAAUUGUCCUUGCCAGGACUUAUAUCCAGAAAGGUUCAGUCUUUACAUGAUGAUGUCAACGGAAUGAAAACAGAAUUACAAAUGGAGAGAAAGAAGAUAAGAGCAAGAAAUAAUAAUGAUGAUCAAAAGGUAAACAAAGAUAUUUUUAAACUGACAAAAGACCUCAAAAGACAGAAAGAAUCAAACAAGAAAAUGGAAUCGUCAGUGAAAAAUAAAGACAAGAAAAUCAGCAGUUUACAAAAUUUUAACCUUCAUCUAGAGAAGGAAAACUUAGAUUUGAAGGCUCGACUAGAAGAACUUGAAAAGUCUGAAAAGCCACUAAUACAUCGAUAUGGUUCAGCGACUACACAUGGAUCGCAGGGGAUUACAACAAUAUCAGAACUUUUUGACAUCACUUCAUGAAAACUUAGACAAUCUUGUAAAAAAUAUUGUCUUAAUAGCAUGUAUAUCUUUUUAUUAAAGGUAUGGGUGAAAGAUCACCAUUUCUUUUCAAGAAAUGUAUUGGAAGAUAUUUUGUAGAAUCAUGCUUACUGUGGAUUCAUCAUUUUUUGUUGGAUUUCAAUUUUUAUGGAUUUUUACAGUGAAGGUUAACCACCAAUUCAAAACUUAAAUUGCAUUUUUUUUACAGGCAGAAUAUUAUGUUCUUUCUUCAUAGCAAGAAAAGGAGAUAGACUUGCCAUUGGUUUUUUUAUGUUUUAAGGUAUUCAUCUAGUAUCCACAAUUGGGAAUUCAAAUUUAUGUUUUCAAGUCUUAAUCAAUAGUAAGAACCUGAGAUUGACUUGCCAUUCAUAGUUUUGAUGUUUUCAUUUUAUAGCAAAUUUGGAUGUUUUUUUAUGUUUUUAUGUUUUUUUUUGUAUUCAUACAACAAUCACAAGGCCAAAAAAAAAUAUA